AUGGCACACAAGUCAAUUUCGCUCACUCUCGGCGGUCAAGGCGUGCCGCACUUUCGUCGUUCUUCCUCUGGAGAAGCAGGGACCAUAUCACACGCACGCCUUCAGGUUGUGUUUUCUCUCCACUACUCUUCGUAUUGCCUCUCUGUGCCUCGCUCGCCGUUGCCCAGUGACAUCUCUCCUCCUCUCUCCUGCACUACGCGCGUCGCCUUCUCUGCUCCCAAACGCAUCGCGUCUCGCACUCCGGUCAUGCGCGCCUUCUCCGGGAGCCUCGCGCGCCGCUUCGGCGCACCAGCCAGCGGCGGCGGUGGCAGCGCCGCUGCGAGGAACUUCUGCAGACGCCCAAGGUGGAGAAGGCCUCGCGAGGCUGCGGAGACGCUUGCCACGCGAGAUGCGGAGCUGCCUCUGUGUUACCUCUCGCGCCGCAGCGACCCGCCCGCGCGCACCGCCGCCCUUCGGGGGAGACAAUCAGCUGGGCAGCGCGAACGCAUCGCCGCAGUGGAGGCGCAGAGCGGCGAUAGGGCGGCGCCACCUCGAGAGGCCGCUGCGCGCUUCCAGGCCCCUCCUCAGGCGGCGCCUGCGCUACCCCCGAAAGUGUCUCUUCUCGGCGCCUCCCCUGCGUCACGUGUGCCGCUUUCGCGGCGUCUCUGCCGGCUCUUUUCGGGGCUCUGCAGUUCGCCUCCACUGUCCCUGCCGCCCCGAGAGGUCUGCUUCCGCGGCGCCCGCGCGUUCGCGGUCGCGGCGGCGCCGUCUGCGGCUGUGUCCGCGCAGCCUGUGGAGCGCGGGCGAGAGACCAGGCGCGAGGCUGGCGAGGCGCGUUUCGAAUCCUUAGAGGCUCGCGCAGCUUUCCGCGCAGAGCCCGCCAGUCGAUUGUCUUUUGUUGUUUCUUUUCCGCCUGUCUCUGCGUUGCGGCCUGUGUCCUCCUCUGCAGGCCUGCGGAGCGCGACGCUCGCUUCCUCCGCCGCUUGUCCGUCCUCUUCUGCGUCGCUUGUGCGGGUCUCGGUAUCUUGCUUUGCGCGGGCGAGCAGGCUCCCUUCGCUUGCUGUCUCACCUUCGCGCCGGGUUUUGGCGCCCUGUCUCCCUCUCGCUCCUGCCUCGCCGGCUGCUGUGCUGGCGCGGCGCGACCCCCCCACUUGGGUGUCUUCUCCCCUCUCCUCGCGGUCUCCUCGGUUUCGCUUCGCGACCCUCGCAGAUGCUCGCGCGCGGCGACCUGCUUCGCUUCGCCCAGCCUCCGCGCCUCGCAGCGUCCGCUGGCUUAGGGCGGCAUCGUCCCUGGGCACCUCCGCUGGCAGUACAGAGGCGGGCGACCGCGGAGACUCAGAAGGAGACGUAUGCGAUCCUACGGAACGCGAAGCGACUCGCGAGAAAGGAGACCCCGGCGCGGAGGACGGGGCGGCUGCCCCCCGCCGCGACGGUCAGGAGGCUAAGGCGAAGAAGGUGAAGGAGGACGAGCGGCGAGUGGAAGGUGAAGAGGCGACGCUGGAGGACAUCACCGCGAGCCGCUUGCGAGGCAGCUUCGCCGCGUCCUCCUUCUCGCUAUCUCCAGACGUAGCGUCAUCCUUCUCGUCAGAAUCGACGCCUCUGUCGGAUGCCGAGGAACUGCGGCUGGUUGAGGAGCUUGAGACCGAGGAGAGGAAGGCGAUGGCGGCUGGCGUCCAGACGGCGAUGCAGGAUCUCUGCCGCCUCGUCAUUUCCCGCAAAAACCCCGAGGGGGCGACAGGCGGCGCGCCGAGCGGAGCGCCGCAGGAAGCGCUCCUGCCGCAGCUUAUAUUCGAAGAAGGCUGCGAGACAGAGGCGUCUCAGGGCGAGCGCGAGGCCGCCGCAGCCAGCCAACAGACACGCGAGGGCGGCGACUGGGCGUGCGAAGGGCAGGUGCCAACAAAAAAACGCGAAAAGGAGCUUCGCAGGACGCAUAUGCGAAGCCAGUUCGGAUGGAUUGCUUCCGCCGUCGACCUGCAGGCACUCAUGAACGAAGACCCCGAGUUCAACGAGGCCGUCGGCGUCGUCGCCGCCAUGGAGUGCCCGGUCAUCAUCCGCACCAAGCGGCUCCACCAGCAGCUCGUGCCGCUCUCGCAUGGCAGCACCGCCCGCAUACGGCAAGCCUCGAAGAAGCUCCGUGAGGCUCUGGGCAUUUCCGAAGUCAUCGUCUGCCGCGGAUGCGUUAAAAAGAGUAAAUGCCCUCUGUAUCGCCAGCCGCCCAUCCGCCUGCGCUCCUCCGAAGGCAGCGCGACGACGAAAGACCUUCUCUACGUCCUAUUCGGCCAAUACAUGGUCUGCCGUCUGUACACACGGGGGGUGGACUCGAAGACUGUGUGGGCCGAGAGCGACGAGCGCACCGCCUACAGCAAGCAGCUGACUGCCUCGCUUCUGCCAUCGACCAUGAACGCCCGAGACCUGCAAAUGGGGCUUUUCGCCAUCGAAAAACUCACCGAAAAAGUCAAGGCGAAAAUCGAAGAAGAGCGAAAGGCGACAGAGCGAAUGGCCGCCGCCGCUGCGCGUGCAGGCCUGGGCGACGAGGUGCGCUACAAUCCGUUGUCGCUCAAGGCCUUCCGCGCAUUCAUCGAAGACGGCCAGGCGCGGCGGAGUGAAAAACAAGAGAAGAUAAAGGAAGCCAGAGCGCUCAAGAUGCCGCUGUGGAUCCGCGACUCCGUUCGCCCUCUGCCCGACACGCAGCUAACGAAGUUUCAGAAGAAAGCCAUUCAAUUCCAGCGUCUCGCGGUGGACGAACCCGAGCCCGACUGUCCGCUCGAGGAGCGCUUCGUUUGGAUGCAUGAGAGCGAAGAAGCCUCGGCGGAGAAGACCGAGGGCGACGCGCGUCCGCCGCAGAGCAAAGAAGAGGCGGAGGCCAGGCAGGCGAUCGCCGUGGCCUCCGGACAGGAUUCGGCGCUCAGCGCCUUGCAGCCGCUCGUACGCUUGAGAGAGCGAGCGGAGGGAGGGGAGGCUGGCGUGGAACUGCCGACUCUGGAUGACUUGCCGAUUCAGCGGCGCUUCGCGUGGCGAUCGCCGGAGGGAUUUCCUCUCAGGAAGCGCACCCUGCGCUUCAAUCUGCUCUACCACUACUACCUUGAUCGGCUGAAGGGUCAGGCUGCCCGCAUUCCGCGCUUCGAUGUCUCAGCUAAAACUGAGGACGGCGACAGCGCCCCAACGAGCAGCGGGGCCGUGUUCCCUGAAGAGGGCCACGAGGACACGGCGCCGGCGCUUCUGCCUGCGCCGCAGGGCGGCUACUCCGCAGUCCCGCUCUCAUCGUUUUCUGCAGAGAACGAUCAGGUCCAUCCACUUCUGCAUGUAGACUCCAAGUCGCUCAAGGGCGUCGCGGUCUAUGAGCACCUCUCAGUCAGACAGAUGCUUGAAAGCCAGCAGCGCAUUGACCGCCUCUGGCGCACCGCGGCUCUCUUCGAAGAUCUCCCCGUGGUUCACCGCAUCACCGAACGAGAGGAGCUCGCUGACCAGUCCUCGGGCGACGCCUCCGCCGCCCUGCCGUCGCUGCCGCGCCUGCCGGUGAGUGCCCGCGCGCAUCUUCGCGAGUUGGAGCGGGUGCGCGCUGAGGCAGAGGACGAGAGCGGCCGCUGCGAAGACCGGGCACCCGCGCCCCGAGGCGCGGCGUCCACGCAGACACACGCGGGCGCGGACAAAUGGAUUCGGCUAGCCGCCGACCGGACGAAGCUCCUGGGUCUCGCACGCGAAGCGCCGGCGGCGCUGAGCGAUGCGGAUGGCUGGAUGGGCAUCUCGCGCGAACUCGAAAAGCGGGCGCGUGCUGGCAGCAAGCGCCAGGCUGAAGGAGGGCGAGACGCAGGCUGCGCAGGGCGCAUGCAGUCGCCGCCGACUGCCGCGACUUCUCACCUCUCGCAAAACGGUGUGCAGCAGUUGGGCGACGCGCUGCCAGCGUGGCUCUCGCGGGAUGGGGAAUCCGAGCAGGGCGAAGGCGCAGCGACCAGCCACUGGCGCCCGCGGGCGGGAGGUGAUCCGAGUGCUCGCCGCGAUGAUCGCGAGUGCGAGGAACGGAGCUGCCGGCAUCUGAUCGCCGAGCCCUCCGCUGCUUUGGAAAGCUCCAGCGACUGGGAGACUGCGAGCGCGACGGGGGAGGCUGAGCCGAGCGGCGGGCGUCCGCCGCGAAGCGAAGAAAACCGAAUUGAGAAACAGGAAGAAGAGGAGAACGACGACGCGCUCGAGGAAGCUUUGUUCGGCGACGAGCGCCGCCAAGCGCGGCAGAUCUGGAAGACCGCGAAGCGCGACAGGGCGGCGAUUGAGCAACGAAAAAAGGAAAUCGAACUCGCCUCUGAAGUCCCGCCCUCCAUCGAGGAAAUCCAGGAACAGGCAAGAAGUCUGCGCCGGGCGAAAGCCGACGGCGACCUGCAGCGAGCGCGAGGCCGCGGCCGCCGCCGAACCCUAUCCGACGUCCUGGAAGAUGCUGAGGAGGACGAGAGGCGCUUUCAAUGCUGGCAGGCGGCGCGCCUCCAGAUGGCGGAGGCGGAAGGCGGACAGGAUGAUGGAGGCGCCGGAGCAAAGCAGGGCGGUUUACGGGAGGGCGGAGACGCCACCCCGCAAGAGCGACACUCUGCAAAGGAGCUGAGCGAGCGCAGGAAUCUCGUGGAAAAGGAAUCCCACGGAGAUCCAGAUGAAGAUGAACCGUUCCACAUGGCGGAUGAAGGCAGUGGUAUUCGAGUCCCUCCCAAAGUCCAAAGCGAGCGACUUCGAUUUGGCGCUUCGACCUACACGUUUGUCGGUUGUAUGUACACCACAACUAAUGCGAAUCCGCGUCCGCCUUCUUCAUCCUCGUCUCCAGCGGCGCUUCCCCUGCUGUCUUCGCUCGACAUGUGUGCGCGAUCGUCGGUGGAUCACCAGCCCAGCGACGAUGGGCGGGCGCUGCAGGAGCUGAGCAGUGUCGACGAACAGGAGUUUGAGGUGUUUGUCAAACCGGGGCGGCUGGAGCGGCGGGGGCCGCGCAUGGAGCAGAAAGAUGCCUGUUUUCCUGGAGACGCGAAGCCGAACCCAGAGACAGAGGCAGGUCGCGAGAGCGCUCAUCGUGCGCGUGCUGCUGCACGCCACGAGACAGAUGAUCAGAUGCCGAUGAACUCCGCCGUCGCACAGGACGACGGGAAACCGCAACGCCGUGGAGAUGUUGGCACGGACCUGAGUGACGACGAGGAUCAGGUUUUCCGUGCCAACUUCAGAGUUCCUCUCGAGAGCGACGGGGGUCGCCCGCUUGGAGUGGAUCGCGAGGAAGUUCAGCGCAGCCAUGUCGAAAUGUCGCGCAUGCAGAAGUCAUGGAGACAGAACGAGGAUUUUCUGAUCACGAGGAACGUGUUGUAUCCCAAGUUUGUAGAUCUGUCUCAGCACGCCUAUGGCACCCACUCACCAGAAGGCAAAGAGAUGCGAAAGCAACAGGUUGCGGCGAAUCGCGCCAACGCGCAAGUGAGCUCUCUUGGUUCGCCGACGCGUCGAAUGCCCGUCUCCGGCCUCGUCCAGGCGACGAUGCCUGACUUGUCCAGCUUGAUGCGGAAAGAAAGCCCACGAAGUGGAGAGCGACGUGUGGAAGGAGGCGACGACGAAGAAAUGAUAAAGGUGCAGACCGGGCGACGACGAAGAGCCGACUUGCGCGAGGUGGAGAGAGCGCAGAGGGAACGAGACGCUGAGGCGGAGGAGGAAACCUUCCGCGAGAAGUACGGCGUAGUAAAGAGUAUGGAAAAGGAGUAUCGGGACAAACUCAGACGCAACGAGAUGGGCAGCCUCGUCGUGAAUCCCAUGAAGACCGAGUUACAGAGAAGGUACAGAAAGAAAGCAAGUGUUCGAACAUGA